AUGCUGUCCGGCAUACUGCUCUUCAAUCAGAAGGGCGAACUGCUCAUUCUACGAGCCUUUCGCCAGGAUAUGCGCCCUCGCCUUGCCGAUGUCUUCCGCAUCCAAGUCAUCUCGAACCCUCAGAUCCGCUCGCCCAUCCUGACCCUGGGAAGCACGACCUUUAGCCAUAUCAAGAGCGAGAACAUCUACAUCGUCGGUGUAUCGAAGGGCAAUGUCAACAGUGCGCUGGUCUUCGACUUCCUGUACAAGCUGGUCCAGCUGGGAAAGAGCUACUUUGGACGAUUCGACGAGGAAGCGGUCAAGAGCAAUUUCGUCAUGGUUUACGAGCUGCUGGACGAGAUUUUGGACUUUGGCUACCCGCAGAAUACUGAGACCGAGACAUUGCAAAUGUACAUUACCACGGAAGGGGUGAAGAGCGAGAGGGCAUUGGAGGACAGCAGCAGGAUCACGAUGCAGGCUACAGGAGCAUUGAGCUGGAGAAGAGAAGGCAUCAAAUACCGCAAGAACGAGGCUUUCGUGGAUGUUAUUGAAGACGUCAAUCUCUUGGUGUCUGCGUCAGGAACGGUCCUAAGAGCAGAUGUCAACGGAGCCAUUGAGAUGCGAGCAUAUCUUUCUGGCACGCCUGAAUGCAAAUUCGGGCUUAACGAUGCCCUCACUCUCGGAAGCCAUGGAUUGGACACCCCAGGACCGAUCGGCAAUCUUUCUGGCAACAAGGCGACGAAAGCUGCGGCAGGAAGCGUCACCCUCGAGGACGUUUCCUUACAUCAAUGUGUGAAGCUCAGCUCUUUCACCCAGGACCGUACUGUUUCUUUCAUUCCACCGGAUGGUUCCUUCCAGCUGAUGAGCUAUCGGUGCUCCGAGAACGUCAAUCUGCCAUUCAAGGUACAAGUCAUCGUCAACGAAAUUGGGAGGACCAAGGUCGAGUACAGCAUCGCCAUAAGAGCCAACUACGGGGUGAAGCUCUUCGCUACAAAUGUCGUUGUGCGGAUACCCACGCCGCUCAACACCGCAAACACGAGUCAUCGGGCAUCACAAGGCAAAGCAAAGUAUGUCCCAUCUGAGAACGUCAUCGAGUGGAAGAUUGCCCGAUUUACGGGUCAGAGCGAGUUUGUGCUUUCAGCAGAGGCAGAACUGAGCGCUAUGACAACGCAUAAAGCAUGGAGCAGGCCGCCGUUGAGCAUGCAGUUCAGCUUGCUGAUGUUCACGAGUUCUGGUCUGCUUGUGAGAUACCUCAAGGUGUUUGAGAAGAGCAACUAUUCGAGCGUCAAGUGGGUGCGAUAUAUGACUAGAGCUGGAAGUUAUGAGAUCCGCUUUUAG